CCUCGCAUCCUGCUCCUCCACAGCAGCACCAGCAGGAUGAUCCUCCGCUGCACCGACACCGACAACCUUCACUUCACUUUCCCUCUCAUGUAACCCUUCACUCGGACCCCCGCCGGCCGACAGGACACCUCCACCCAUGCUUUGCCCUCCUGAGAUGCGAUACCACUGCACACUUUCUCGGAGCAUAUCUUCCCCUUCCGUCGCUCCUCCUCGCUGAUAGAGAGCAUGCCUGAUACCGGGGCCGCCGGAGCCGCCAGUGGUGCGACCUCCGCCGGGGACGGCAGCGAGAGCUCCCGGCACCGACACCGAGCGCAACAAGGGGACGCAGAGAGGCCGGAGCCAGGCGCUGCUGCCCCGCCGCAAGCCUCCUCCGGGGUACUCGAUAAGUUAUUUGGAAAGCGGCUGCUGCAGGCUGGGAGACACAUCAUGUCUCAUAAGUCUUGGAUGAAAACGGUGCCUACAGAGAAUUGUGAUGUCCUCAUGACAUUUGCAGACACUACAGAUGACCACACGUUGCUAUGGCUACUGAACCACAUCCGGCUGGGAAUCCCAGAACUCAUCAUCCAAAUCCGACAUCAUAAGCACACGAGGGUCUACGCGUUCUUCGUCACGGCUACGUAUGAAAAUUUGUUGCGAGGUGCAGAAGAGAUGGGUCUAAGGAAACCUGUGAAGCCUGAAUUUGGUGGAGGGUCACGGAGCUUCUCCUGCGAGGAGGACUACAUCUACGAGAACAUCGAGAGCGAGCUGUGCUUCUUUACUUCGCAGGAGAGGCAGAGCAUCAUCAAAUACUGGCUGGACAAUCUACGUGCCAAACAUGGGGAGGUGCUUCAUAAUAUUAACUUCCUGGAGGGCCAGCCAAUCAUCCCGGAGCUGAGUGCACGCGGUGUGAUCCAGCAGGUUUUUCCUCUCCAUGAGCAGAGGAUCCUCGGUCAGCUGAUGAAGUCUUGGGUCCAGGCUGUUUGUGAGAAGCAACCUUUAGACGAUAUCUGCGACUACUUUGGGGUGAAGAUUGCGAUGUAUUUUGCUUGGCUGGGAUUUUACACCACCUCCAUGUUGUAUCCUGCUGUGAUCGGCUUUGUGCUGUGGAUGCUCACCGAGUCGGAUCAGACGAGCAGGGACAUCUGCUGUGUGGUGUUUGCGCUGUUCAACGUGGUGUGGGCCACUCUGUUCCUGGAGCGAUGGAAGAGGAGGGGGGCCGAGCUGGCGUACAAGUGGGGAACUCUGGACAUGCCGUCUGAAGCCCUGGAGGAACCACGGCCUCAGUUCAGGGGUGUGAAGCGCUGCAGUCCCAUAACAGGAUGUGAGGAGUUCUACUAUCCUCCGUGGCGGAGGCGUGUGUUCAGGUGGCUGGUCAGCCUGCCCAUCUGUAUCCUCUGUCUCUGUUUUGUCUUCCUGGUCAUGCUCAUCUGCUUUGAGCUGCAGGAGUUUGUGAUGGGGAUCAAGGAAAUGCCUCGGCUGGCUCGCUUCAUCCCCAAAAUCAUGCUCGCUAUCACUGUGACUGCAUGUGACGAGGUGUACAGGAAAAUCGCCUGCUGGCUUAAUGACAUGGAAAACUAUAGACUCCAGAGUGCCUAUGAGAAAAAUCUCAUCAUCAAAAUGGUUCUAUUUCAGUUUGUAAAUUCUUAUCUCAGCCUUUUUUACAUUGGAUUCUACCUCAAAGACAUGGAGCGGCUCAAGGAGAUGCUGGCCACUCUGCUCAUCAUCCGACAGUUCCUUCAAAACGUGAAGGAGGUGCUGCAGCCUUACCUGUACGAGCGCCACAAGCUGGGCGAGCUCACCCUGCGAGCGGUGUGGGACCUUCUGCUCUCCGUGCUGCUCAAAUACGCCCGGCUGGCAGCUGGAAAAGCCCAGAUCUCCCCGACAGACCAGACCGUUCCGGGGCCGGGUCUGAGGGGCACCAGGCCUGGACUUGGGCCAUCAGACAGAAGGGAGAAGAAGUGUUUGAACGGCGGAUGCGGGGUGCCUGAUGAAGAGGACGGAGGUGAGAGGGACGAGGCAGACAGUGGGAGGUUCAGCGAGGGGGAGACGGAGGAGGAGAGUCUGAUCGACUGCGGUUUGAAGCUGAGGAAAGUCAGCUUCAUAGAGAAGGUGGACAGAAGGCCGAUCUGCAGCGGAUCCCACAUGGAGAACAGUUUCCUGGAGGAGGGGAGCCCCACCAUGGUGGAAAAAGGAAUGGACCCUGCCUCUGUGUUUGAAUUAUGCGACGAUGACGACGAUAACGGCAUCCAUGAUGUGAAGGAGGCGGGCGGGGGAGGGACAGGUGCAGCUGAGGGAAUGAUUGCUGGUGCUGCAGCCGCCCCGCUGCCUGCUGGAUCUGAGAGCAGCACAUCACUGCGACACAGACGCAGAGGCAGGAGUGUUGAGAGACCCGAGCUGAAGACAAAAAGAGAGUCGUGGAUGGACCCCCCUGAGGAGAGAGAGAGCAACACGCUCGCUCAGGCCGAGAUGGAGAGCUGCAUGCAGAGUUAUGCUGACACCUUCCAGGACUACCAGGAGAUGUUCGUCCAGUUCGGCUACGUCGUGCUCUUCUCCUCAGCCUUCCCUCUGGCCGCCAUGUGCGCUCUCAUCAACAACAUCAUAGAGAUCCGCAGUGAUGCCUUCAAGCUCUGCACCGGUCUGCAGAGGCCGUUUGGACAGAGAGUGGAGAGCAUCGGACAGUGGCAGACUGCGAUGGAAGCCAUGGGCCUCAUUGCCAUCAUAGUGAACUGUUACCUGAUUGGUCAGUGCGGUCAGCUGCAGCGUCUCUUCCCGUGGCUCAGCCCUGAAAUGGCCAUCAUCUCCAUUGUCAUCCUGGAGCACUUUGCCAUCCUCCUGAAGUACGUCAUCCACGUGGCCAUCCCUGAUAUUCCCACAUGGGUCCAAGAGGAGAUGGCCAAACUGGAUUAUCAGCGCAGGGAGGCCUUUAAGAAGCACGAGCGGCAGGCCCAGCAGCAUUACCAGCAGCUGCAGAGGAGGAAGAGGGAGGAGGAGGAGCGGCAGAGGCAGGCGGAGCACAUGGCCCGCAGGGAGAGGGAGCGGGACGAAGGCAAGGGCGACUCCUCCGGGGAUCACCACCACGAGAAAAGUCACGGCAGUAAAUCUCGCUCCGGGGGAGGAGGGGGCAGCGGGUCGGACAAACCCAAGAGGCCCAGCUCUCUGCUGGCAAACAACAACGUGAUGAAGCUGAAGCAGAUCAUCCCGCUGCAGAGUAAGUUCUCCUCCAGUGGCGCCCGCUCCCCUCAGUCUCCCACCGGCAGCGAGCCCAAGCUGCCCGGCUUCCUGAGCUUCAAGUUCCUCAAAUCCCCUGAGAAUAAGAAGGAGGGUGCUGCUGCGGCUUCUUCUGCAGCCAACGCCGCAGCAGCUAACGCCACGGCGGCAGCAUCGUCAUCUUCAUCUUCAUCAUCAGGUAGCAGCUCUCAGGAGCGUUCUCAGUCACCCAGCAAAGCCUUCAACCCUGGGAAACUGUUUAACUUUGGGAAGUCUGAGGCGGGGACGUGUGUGAACGGAGCCCCGCCGCCCAGAUCAGCGGAGUCAUCAUCGUCAUCGUCAUUGUCACAGACUUCAGAGAGACAAGCUUCCAGGUCGGACCUGAACGGCGUUCCAGACGAGAUCCCCUCGCCCGGAGGGGAGGGGGCAGAGAACGGACAUUCAAUAGACUUGGACUCCUCUGGGUCUAAAGUCCAGUAGCUCCACAGAGAACAAACCUGUGGUUGGUUUUAUCUGAACUGAAGAGCAGGCGUUGUUACUGUGAGGGAAGGCCUGACCUACCUGCUGUGUGAUCACAGGAUCAGAGUAGAGGUUCUUGAAAGUGAUGAGACAUGAUGUUUGGUUUGAGAGACGAGAGGCUUUGUGAGAAAGACAUAAGCCCUCCUACCAUGACAAAAAACACACACACACACACACACUCCCUAACACACACACACACACACAUACAAAUCCUUCCUUGUCUGCAAUACAGAAAGAAAUGCAUGAGCUGCGUUUCUAAUAUUUUUAAGCCUUUAAAGCAGAGAGCUGUGUUUCUUGAGUUCUUCUAGUCAUAAAUUGUAAGCUUCUCGCCUCCCACUAAGACGUGACCGCGGAGGGGAAAGGGUUAAGAGAGCUCCGGUGGUGAGAGAGGAUCUCAGACUGUACAUGAAGUGAACAGCUGGGAGUGUUUUCUAGCUUUCUCAAAGUGAUUAUUGACGAUGACGUUAUUAUUAGAUACUGUCUUAUUUUCAACUGUUGGGCCCUUCACUUUUAUAAUGAAGAGGAAAAAAAAGUCAAAAGCAAUAUCAAUCAGUGUUUUAAUUCUCCUUAUGGAUCAUCACCCCCUGACCCUCCCCUCAGUAAGCAUUCCUGAUUUAUCACCAGCUUUAUUUUCAAAGCAGAGGUGACGUCUGAAAUCUGGAACACUGCUCCCCGAUCUGUCCGUAGCAAAAAAGUCAAGAUUAACUUUGAUUGAUAUCACGUCGCAGUAUUCCCCCCCCAAGAGUGCAAACGGACUAGAGACUAGAAAAAGAAGGUAGACGUUGAGGUGAUUCUGAGAAGCUGUGAGAUUGUUGCGUGCUGUUCUCCAUCCUUAACCGUAGAGCUCUAUGUAAACACAGAUGGUGCACCGCUCCACACACUCUAACCAGACUUGGCAACGGAGCGCAGAGUUAAAGAAGUUAACAUUUGCACUGAACCCGUACGCCGUCGUGCAUGGAGACACCAGCCUGCCUCACGACAUUAUGCAAAAUCUGGAUGAGUUUCUUUCCUCCUCUCGCUCAGCACACACUCACCUUCUUUCAACACCUGAGUGGACUCACCUAUUAUCACAUCAGCUGCUCUUCAUCUGUUGAGCUUCAUACCUUUUUUUUUUUUACUGCAUUGUGAUACUGCAGCGCUUAUGAUGAUCCUCUUUUAACCAAAGCAGUGUUGUUUCGGAUAACACUCUUGACCCUAAAUGUGCGUUUUAUUUCUCAUGCUUUUGUUUCUCAUGCAAGCUUAUGACAGAGUCCCACUUCUGCAGAGUCUCCAGGAGGUGGCGCCAGAGUUUCAUCUGCAUAGAGAGGUGUUGCUGUUGAACUCUUCUUUCUGGCUUUUUAAUCCUAAUCAGUGUUUAAUCAUCAGAAAGCAGCAGAAGCAGAGGAUAUAGUGUUUGGCUGCACAAUUGUUCAACUCAAAAAAGCACCACAGGUUCUUCUACAGUAGAACGAGAACAUAACAUCAACUAUGCACGUCCACGACAUCACUCCUGGUGAGGUGUUUGGCAAUAAGGCUGAGGUUUUGGAGCACCAAUCCCAUUGCAUCAUCCCUGCAGAACUCUAUGCAUCUUCUCCUUCUUUUAUCCACAUGUGUUCCUCUUUUCAGCUCCUUUAUUCCUAGUUUAAGUAACAUCAUCUAUCCCACUCAUUUACCUCCUGCUUUGUGUUUACAGAAUCUGUCCGGUGCAGAGUUGUUGACUGACAUUUACAGUAUCUCACAAAAGUGAGUACACCCCUCGCAUUUCUGCACAUAUUUAAUUAUAUCUUUUCAUGGGACAAUACUGGAGAAAUGACACUAUGAUACAAUGUAAAGUAGUCAGUGUACAGCUUGUAUAACAGUGUAAAUUUACUGUCCCCUCAAAAUAACUCAACACACAGCCAUCAAUGUCUAAACCACAGACAACAAAAGUGAUACACCCCUAAGUGAAAAUGUCCAAAUUGGGCCCAAAGUGUCAAUAUUUUGUGUGGCCACCAUUAUUUUCCAGCACUGUCUUAACUCUCUUGGGCAUGGAGUUCACCAGAGCUUCACAGGUUGCCCCUGGAAUCCUUUUCCACUCCUCCAUGACGAUAUCACGGAGCUGGUGGAUGUUAGAGACCUCGCGCUCCUCCACCUUCCGUUUGAGGAGGCCCCUCAGAUGCUCAAUAGGGUUUAGGUCUGGAGACAUGCUUGGCCACUCCAUCACCUUUACCCUCAGCUUCUUUAGCAAGGCAGGGGCCGUCUUGGAGGUGUGUUUGGGGUUGUUAUCAUGUUGGAGUACUGCCCUGUGGCCCAGUUUCUGAAGGGAGAGGAUCAUGCUCUGCUUCAGUAUGUCACAGUACAUGUUGGCAUUCAUGGUUCCCUUAAUGAAUUGUAGCUCCCCAGAGCCGGCAGCACUCAUGCAGACCCAGACCAUGACACUCCCACCACCAUGCUUGACUGUAGGCAAGACACACUUGUAUUUGUACUCCUCACCUGGUUGCCCCCUCACACGCUUGACACCAUCUGAACCAAAUAAGUUUACCUUGGUCUCAUCAGACCACAAGACAUGGUUCCAGUAAAUGUCCUUAGUCUGUCUGUCUUUAGCAGAUUGUUUGAGGACUUUCUUGUGCAUCAGCUUUAGAGGAAAUGUGAGGGGUGUUCUCACUUUUGUGAGAUACUGUAGCUUCAUGAGGGUUUCAGAUUCUGCUGUCAUAUCUGUAACAACGUCUCACAAAGUAAAGACCACCUCUAAGUCAGAAGGAUCAAGAAAGUAUAGAAACUCUACUUCCACAGAGAGACUAAAAGAUCUUACUGCAAUAAGGAUAUCCGUUUGUCAUCAGUCAUUUUACUGUCAUUCUGCAGGCCUUGCUUUUUUUAAUAUUUGGAAGCCAUUGUCCCAGAUAAAUGUUAAAUGAGAAGCGCAAGGCUGGUUGAAACGUAAUAAGUGUAUCAGUGUCAGAGGCCAACCACUUCAAAGAUCAGCGGAGCAAAGUCUCAUCAAAACAACUCUUCUCUAGCAGCAUUUUGAUUUCAGGGAUGAGUGACGCCGUGACGCAAUAGAGUCCAUUCAUCAUCAUUGAAGGAAAUGAGUCGGCAGUUUCAUUCCAGAGAUAAUGAAAGAUAAAAAAAAAAGAAGAAGCGAUGAAAGAAAGGAAUCACAGUGUAGUUAGGUCAGUCCUCCAUGUAUGUAGUUCCUUUUUAUUCAGGGAUAACUCACAAUACAACUUCAUAUACUGAAAAGGGAUAGCAUUAACCAUUAUCACUUCUUACAUCCUCGCACUCUCUGCAGCAGUAACAGAUUCUGCAUGUAGUCCUAACGGGGGUCUUUAAAUAAGCUAAUUAAGGUUGAAUUAAAUCAGGCUUGCAUAAAGGACAGCCGCUCAGACAGCUGAGACUCAUCAGCCGUCUGUGAUUCAGAGCGAGAGCAGCUCCUUGAAGGAUUCGGGCUUAUCCACACUUUACAAGCACCAUCACUGUAACGUGAAAGCAGAGGGGGAAGAAAGGACCGUGUUUAGUGAAUGUUCGGUCUUCUUCUGAGUGGAUACGACGAGGAGGAGGUGAAACUCUCACCACAGCUACAUUAAAAACCUGACCCUAACCUCAGAGUUUAAGAUUUAAGACAUCUUCAUGGAAGCCUCACUUUACUGAACAUCAUACGUUCUUCCAAUGUACCACUGUACAAAAAAAAAAAAAA